AUGUAUUAAUGGGAUUUAGUAAAUGAAUCCAGCGAUUAGUUAAGAAUGUUUAGCUAUUGUUUUAUACUUUGGAGUGCUUUAUUUAUACUUUGCUAUGAUAGGAUCAAAUUGAAUAAUCUUAGUUCUAAACGACAAAUAGAUGUUUUUAACCGAAUCGUCUCAAUUUUGCAUGGACAAUUUACUUUUUGGGGAUCACUUAUAGUAAUACUUUCUCAAACUCCUUACUAAUUGUAGGAGAUGAAUUCUUCUGAGAUGCAAUUCGUUAUGAUUGUCAGUGCAGGCUAUUUUGCAUACGACGUCAUAAUUUGCACUUAUUUCGAUUUAUAUGACUAUUGGUUGAUAUUUCAUCAUGUAGUCAGUUUGAUGGCCUUUGGAGAAAGCAUUCUCUAUAAGAAAUAUGGACAUAUCAUUAUAUUCGGUAUGUUCAUCACAGAGAUAUCAAAUUUGCCAAUGCAUCUUAGACAUAUUUUGGGUUGUUUUGGAUUGAGAUAAACAAAGAUUUAUGAAUCGAUCGAAAUUUUUUAUUUCUCAUUAUUCAUAAUUUUUAGAGGCAUCUUGAGUCCAGUGCUAUUAAUACGAACUUAUGAAGAUCUCCAUGCUCCAUUGUUGAUAAAAAUCUCAGCCUCUGGAUUGUUGGUGUACUCAGCCUAUUACAUCAUUGAGAUGAUCAAAAUCACUUAAAGAAAAAUAAAAUCAUACAGAGAAAGAAAGAGAAGGAACUUGAAAAUGUAUUGGUUCUCUUAGAAUCCAUUACUGCCUUCACAAAAGUACGUAGACUCAAUAUUAUGA